AUGAAAUUGACAAAACAAGUUACAGAACUAUUCUACGAGGUAAAGGCUAUUGAGCAAUUUGUUUACAUUGACUAUUUGACUGGCCUGUUAUUUUCAUCUCAGUUGAUAUCUCUUGACAUGGGGGCUACCAACGGUGCAAUGGAUGCUGGCAAUCUGUUGAAGCUGAUGCUUAGUCGUAGAGAGUUGAGAUGCAUCGGUGCAACAACAUUAGACGAGUAUCGUAAGUAUAUCGAAAAAGAUCGUUCACUAGAACACCGUUUUCAACAACUUUAUGUUGACCAACCGACAGUUGAGGAUACAGUUUCCAUACUUCAUGGACUUCAUGAAAGAUAUGAACUGCAUCUGUUGAAGCGUCCACUUUUUACCAGAUAA